GUCAUUUCGGGCGAGAAGCUCCAAACGACCACACCGCACACGCCGAUAAAACCGCUCCACCCACUCCGCCCACUCCCCCUCUGCCGUCGCCUGUCCACUUUCCCCGUGCUUCUCCGCCGUCGAGGCCGCGUCCCAGUGCGAAGAGACUCCGACUCAGAUGGCCAGCCGCUGGGUCCGGCCCGAGGUGUACCCGCUGUUCGCGGCGACGGGCGUGGCCGUCGGCAUCUGCGGGUUUCAGCUCUUCCGGAACAUCACUGGCAACCCGGAAGUCAGGGUAAACAAGGCAGGGAGGGCAGCUGGUGUGCUUGAGAACCAUGAGGAGGGGAGACGUUACGCCAUGCAUGGCCUAAGAAGCUUUGUGCACGACAAGACUCCUGAGAUCAUGCCUGCAGUUAACAAGUUCUUCACUGACCCUAAGUGAAGCAUGUUGAUUGGCAUACUACUACUACUACUUGCUACUGGGGAUUUUACACUUUGCUGGCAACUCAAUAUGUUGGGGACAUCCAUGACCUCUAAAAGUACUUUGAGCGCUUGGUGAUGACUUGGUAUAUGUAUGAUGGUGGAUGAGUUUGAUCGUCCAUGCUUGAUGUUCAUAUUCAUCUGUCAUCUGGAUUUGCCGCACUUCAGUGAUAAAAUUGUCAUUUGGAUACUGGUAA